AGGGAGAAACCCCAAGGGAAACGAAACGGCAGCCAACUACCAACCAACUCCGGCGUCCUUUCGCCCGGCCGGCCGUCCUCCGCCUGCAUCCUCCCGUGAAUCUCCUCCGUAUUCCAUGCCCGCUCGACAGCAGGACUGAUGAUGAAUGUGAUAACUCCAGUGCAAAUAUGUCAGAUGACUCAGAAGUAAGGGAAUUCAAAUGCGAAGACAGUGAAGAAUCCCUGGAUGCUUCGAUGGCAGCUACUGAACAAUUAAUAAAGAAUGGAGAAUAUGCAAAAACUACCAAAUUUGUAAAACAGAUGGAAAAGAAGAGGAGAAGGGCUAUUGAAAGCAUCGCAGCAUUUUGCUAUGAAGCUGGGAUUCCUUUCAAUGCUCUUUGCAUAGAGAGUUUCCAUUUAAUGGUGGAAGCAAUUGGAAAAUUUGGCCCUGGUUUGCGGGGACCCUCUGUAGAUGAACUCCGAGAUCAUUUAUUGAAGGAGCAAGUUUCAGCUACAACUAAUAGAAUUCGAUGGCUGAAGGAUUCAUUGGAGUUUGGGGGAUGUUCUAUUAUUCUUGACACUUGGGUAGAUGAUAAUGGAAGACGCCUCAUGGUGCUGGGGGGCCACUCUAUUAUCGGUCUGUCUUUCAUCCGGUCCAUCCAUCUUUCAUCAAAGGCUUCUGAUGACACAUAUAUCUUUCGACUAGUUGACUCUUGUAUUGAGGAAAUUGGUGAGAAAAAUGUGGUGCAAGUUGUCUCAAACAUUGAAUCAAACAACAUGGUGGCAAAAAUGCUUACUGCAAAGAGACCCAACAUAUUUUGGACUCAGUGCGCUGCACGCUGUAUUGAUUCGAUGCUUGAAGACAUUGGAAAUAUUGCUUUGAUCAAGAAUACUGUCGUGGAUGCAAGGUCAAUCACGGUUUUUAUGUAUAGUCAUGCACAUUUAUUGGACAUGAUGCGCAAGUUCACCAACCAGAAGGAUUUAGUUCAAGCUGGGGUUACUCAUUCCAUCACGACCUACCUGAACUUGAAGAGCCUUUAUGAUAAGAGGAUCGAGUUGAAGACUAUGUUUGUUUCUAGGGAUUGGGAGGACAGCAAGUGGUCGAAGGAAGCUGUGGGUGAGAAAUUCUAUAAUCUAGUACUAAGCAAGAAGUUCUGGCAUAGAAUGUUGUAUGCUAUUAACAGUCUCGAGCCAAUAGUGGACAUUCUGAGGAGGUCAGACAGUGGGAUUCUAUCUAUGGCAUCCAUUUAUGGUGACCUUGCAAAUGCUAAAAGGGAAAUUGCAUUGCGAUUUUUAAACAUGGAGGAGCACUAUCUGCCUAUUUGGAACAUCAUAGACAAGAGAUGCAAUGCCAGUCUGAAGACACCAUUGCACUUAGCUGGUCGUUAUUUGAAUCCCUUCUAUUACUUCCAGAACAAAAAUGAAAUUGACAAUCUUGGAAUAUACAGAGCCGCACUUGUUGACUGUAUGCAUAGUAUGUGCAAAGAUCCGUCUACUCAAAACAUGAUUCUGAAUCAGUUGGAACUUUACAAGAAUUGUUCGAUAACUGAAGGAGUGGACUAUUCAAAAUUUGAAAAUAUUAAAAACUUGGAUCUUGAUGCAGAUUUUUGGUGGAUGCUACACAGAGAAUUAGGAGAGUUGAAAGAAAUGGCAGUGAGAAUAUUGAGUUUAACAUGUGGUUCCUUGGCAUGCGAGAGAAGUUGGAUUGAAAUGAUCCAUAAGAAGAAGCCAUCUCGGGUUACAUGGAAGCAAUUCUAUGAUUCAGCAUUUGUAAUGGUCAACAAGAGGUUGAAACGGAAGGGUGAAGAGACAUACAGCAGCGAUCCUGUGGUUCCGUAUCUCCCCGAUGAAGAUGAACCGUAUGAAUGGCUGGCUGACAUGCACGAGAAUGAUCAUGCUGUAUUAGAUGUACAUAAAGAUGAAAUUCGAGCAAUGCUGACAGUAAGGAACAGAAGCUGGGAAGAAGGCCCAAAUCAUGCUGGUGAUGCUUCAUGCUUAAAGGAAGGUAAUGAACCGUGGCGGGAUGAUCAGUCUAUUCUAUUAGAAGAAGAAGAACAUGAAGGAAACGAUGAAGAUGGACUGACAAAUUGUAGCAAAAGGAAAAGGCCGUCUGAUGUUUCAUGUCCGAAGCAAGAAAAUAAUUCAUCACGUGUUGUGGACUACAAGUCACCGAAACAAGAGCGUGAGGGAAGCGAUGAAGAAGAACAAAGACACAGUAGCAAAGAGAGCAACUCUUCCGCUGUUCCAUGUUGUAAGGAAGCAAAGAGUUCAUCACGUGUUGCAGGAUACAGAUUACGAAACGAAGAGCACGAGGGAAGUGAUGAAGAAGAACGAAGACACUCCAGCAAAAAGAUCAGACCCUCAUGGGAGGCCAUUGUGUUCCAAAGAUCAUGAUGGUCACUGUUGAUGAUCAUUGUUGCAGCAUCAUGCUUACCGGAGAUGCGUGACGAUUGCAUCUUGUGACCCAUAACAUAGUGACCUCUAGGUCUUAGUAUUACAUCUCUGAAAGUCUGACAGACUGGAAUCAUUCCAUGAUGGCCUCGUGCUCAUGGUAAUUUGAUGGAUAGGCUCCUACAUCUGUGUAGCUUUACACUUGCUAAGUAGUUAAAUCUGCAAUCAGUCGACUGCUAAUCAUCUUAUGGUGUUUUAACUUUUGAAGCUUGAGAACCGGAGGAUCAUUUCGCUAAAAAGGACAAGAGCGACAGAGGUGAAGGAGCAUCUAAACAGCUCCAGUUUGUUUCAGAGUUUCAAAUCAAAUGUUUCUAUGGCCUAAUCGAUUUUAGCUGUAACAAAAGAAGAAUCUGACAAUUUUAAAGAGUAUGGAUUUACCAGGAUCUAUUUUGCUACCCUUUUGUGUAAAGAAUCUUAAAAUUUUAUACAUAGGUGCAGGAUCAUGAGAAGUUCAUGCA